CUGCCACAUGUCCUUUGCUUUGACAUAGUCUUAUUGUAAAUAUGGGGAAUGGCGAAGGAUUUGCAAGCUAAAAUACACAGUCUUGGCCAGCGAUUAAAAGAAGAAUGCAACUCAAAAUCGCCCGAUUUACCUGAGACGGAAAGCGAGAAGACUAAACCACCGACUAGAGCUCUCCUGGGGCUCAACAUCAGCUCUGGGACAAGAAAACAACGACCAGCUAAUUUGUCGGUCGAUGGAUCUUUUAAACCAAGAAGAAGGAUUGUACAUGCGAGGAGACACAGCAACAAAGAUGAUGACAGUGCGCACAUUGAAAAGAAGUUGAAUGAAAUAAACAAGCAAACUGGAAUCCUUAAACUAGGAGACAAGAAAUACGAGUUUUCACUAGAUGACUUGGAUACAGAGGAAGAAAUUGGGUGUGGCACAUCUGGUCAGGUGUUUAAGAUGAGACACAAGAAGUCAGGUCAAGUCAUGGCAGUCAAGAAAAUGGCACGAAGCCACAACAAAGAAGAACAAAAAAGGGUUCUAAUGGACCUUGAAGUCGUAAUGAAAAGCCAUGAUUGUCCAUAUAUUGUUAAUUGUAUUGGCUGUUAUAUAUCUCGGUCGGAUGUCUUUAUCUGUAUGGAGCUAAUGACAACAUGUUUAGACAAGUUGAUCAAGAGACUGCAAGGCCCAAUACCUGAACAUAUUCUUGGCAAAAUGGCUGUUGCUAUUGUGAAUGCCUUACAUUAUUUAAAAGAAAAGCAUGGGGUCAUGCACAGAGAUGUCAAGCCAUCAAAUAUGUUGCUAGACUGUAAUGGAUGUGUAAAGCUGUGUGACUUUAGUAUUAGUGGACGGCUUGUGGAUUCCAAGGCAAAAACCAAAGGUGCUGGAUGUGCUGCAUAUUUAGCUCCUGAAAGAAUAGAUCCACCAGACCCAAUGCACCCUGAUUAUGAUGUACGAGCUGAUGUGUGGAGCCUUGGAUUAUCACUAGUUGAACUUGCUACAGGAAAGUUUCCAUACCGAGACUGUACUACUGAAUUUGAAGUUCUUUCUCGAGUUAUGAAUGAAGAUCCACCUUGUCUUCCUAGUGAACAAGGGUUUUCAGAAGAAUUCUGUUCCUUUGUUAGUGAAUGCUUAAUAAAAGAUUACCAAUACAGACCAAAAUAUGAUAAACUCCUGAAACAUCCAUUUAUUCAGCAUUACGAGAAAGCAGACGUCGAUGUUGCAUGCUGGCUUAAAGAUAAAACAGUCAGUUGAAUAAUACUGUUAAUUAGCUCCAUGUCAUGAGCAUUCUGUAGAUGUAAAUUAAUGAAAUACCAAAAAAGUUGAUUCAAGAAUUCGACCAAAAACAUUCUACGAGGACCAUUAUGCUUCGUAGAAUAGAAUGUUUACAGUCCUUUGACUAAACGUUGUCGUUUGCUCGGCUUUAUCCCUACGCGCCUAGACCGAAAAGGAUAAUGGGGAUAAUUAAUUGACAGUUACUCGCUGCCGCAUAUAUUACCUAACACGUCUUGAGCUCGCUUUUUUCGAUCACAUUUAAUUUGCUAAAACCAUGCCUCGAGCAUACGGCGAAGAUUUAAACUGGCGAGCAGUUUGGAUGACGCAAGUUCUGGGUAAUUAACCCGUUAUCUUUUCCGGUCUACGCGUAGGGAUGAUCCGAUCAACUACAACGUUUAGUCAAAGGACUGUAUGUCAUGUCAUUAAUGAACCACUUCAUCUUCAAAAUUAUACAAUUAAUUGGUUUUUGAAAAAUUAUUUCUUAUAUUUACUAAUCAGAAUUCAUUAUUAUAUUCUCAGUCUUCAGUAUAUAUAGUAUGGAUGGGACUGAAGCACGCUACCUAGACUCUCAAAUGGCUUCCUUGUCAUUUCAAGUAAUUUCAUUUGAUAAUUCGAAAUUCUGUGCAUUCUUAUUGGUUCGGUGGAAGUCAUUUGAAUUUCAAAGUACUUCACUUCAGUUCCAAAUAUUUUGUUCUCUAGGCAAAGCCAGUGAGGUGACGAUUACCAACUAUUAACAGAGCUGUUUAGUCUGAUGCUUGUUCUGAGCAUUUCGAGUUCUUUCACAGUUUUCCAAUUGUUGACUUUACGAUGAUAGACAUAAUAAUAAUUGUCUAUGGUGUUAAAAAAGGUGUCUAUCAUUGCAAGCUCAUCGUCAUUCUCGCUUCAAAGCACAGGCAGGGUUACCUUCGGGAUGGCGCAAAGAACUGUGAAGGGGGGGACUAUUACAUAAAACAAUGGACGACUAGCACUAACAGUUAAACGAGCAGUUGUGUCAAAAUGAACAUCAGAAAUGAAAAGAUCACCUCAACAUGUAUGGAGGGUGAUUUAUAGCUCACAACGAGCGAAACGGGAGAAAUGGCAUUAACAUAAGACUGAACGCUUUAUAGGGGUUUGUAUGGAAAAAUGCGCUGGAAGGCAUGAGCUCACCAGCCAACACUUUUCCUUACAAAUCCUCUCAAAAUAUUUGAUUUUAUAUUAAUUUUAAUAUCAUUACUCCUAAAGUCAACAUUAUUAGUUAACAAUUCGCCUUCAUACUAAUAUCGAGGUGCUCUUUUCGGUUUGACACAACUGCUCGUUUUAAUGUGUAGGGUCACGUGACCUGUCCAAGCAACGCAUAGAUUAUAUCGCAUGCAAAAUGUUAUUUUACAAUUAACUUCGUGAGAAUUUUCGUUUUCAAAUCAUCAUACAAACUACGAAAUCGCAGACAAACAACCAGAAUAGAACAAAAUGCACUCUAAUUAUUUACAGGAAUAUUAAAGCAAGUUUAGUUAUGAUUAAAUAAAAAUAAUAAUCUUUUAUAAAAGAAGCCAAA